GUUGAUUACUGACUCCGUGACUUUUCGCUGCUGCGCCCGAGAUGCAGAGUGGCAUGGGGAUGUCCCCACCACCACCCCCCUUGCAGAGCAUGCCUCCUCCAUGUGGGUGUGGCAACUGCAGUGGAUGCGGCAGCUGCGGAUGCGGGUGCGGUUGUGGUGGCUGUGGAUGCGGUAGCUGUGGCCCUUGCGGAGGAUGUGGCAGCUGCAGUGGUUGUGGCAGUUGCGGCGGAUGCAGCAGCUGUUGCAAUGGAUGUGGCACCUGUGGCAGUUGCGGUAGCUGUGGUGGUUGCAGUAUCUGUGGUGGCUGCGGCUGCUCUGGCUGCCCUGGCUGCGGUGGCUGCGGCGGCUGUGGUGGCUGCGCUGGCUGCGGCAGUUGCGGAUGCAGCGGCUGUGGAAACUGCAGUGGCUGUGGAAACUGCAGUGGUAGCUGUGGCACAGGCUGUGGCUGUAGCGGAUGCAUGCCAAUGAUGGGGAUGUCAUCAGGGAUGCCAGGAAUGAUGCCCGGCAUGAUGUCGGGGAUGAUGCCUGGCAUGUCUAUGAUGGGGAUGAACCCCAUGAUGGCAAUGAUGGCCCAGAUGGCAUCCAUGGGUUCCACAUCUGGAUCAGCAGAUGAGGAUGAGGAAGAGAAGAAGGAGGAAGGGCCUGUUGAGCAGACCAUUCGGAAAGGCAAAGGCAAGGGAAAGCGGGCUCCAAAUGCCGAGCAUUGUUUGCCCGCCAUCCAUCCGGAGGUCGAAGCACUUUGCAAGAAGUUCGCGAUUGAAGAGAAGAUUGUGCGGCGGUUAGACGAUGUGAUGCGAACCAGAGAGGAUUCCUUCGAAACUGACCUCAAGGCUCUCUAUGAGGUUUGUGAGUCGGCGAAGAAGCCAUCGGGAUCCCUGAUGGUGAAGAUCGGUGAGCUCGAACGGGGUUGCUUCACAGGAGCAGGCAAGUUGGAUCAGUGCAUGCUCACCUUCAGGAGCAAGUACAAGCUGGAUGACCGAGCUCAUGCCAGGUUCGUGGAGGUGUGUCACCCUCGGAGCCAAAAGUUGGAGGACAUCCGACAACUGGAAAAGUAUCUCAAGAACUUACCCAACCCAUCGCAGGCUAUCCUUCCACUUCUUACAAGAAUUGAGCAGCAUUGUCUGCAUUAGUACUGGAGUAGGUAUGAAGGGCUGCGCUCCUGUGGGGUUGCGUUGUCGGCCAGGACUGAAGCUUGAGGGGUGUCAUCAUGGAAUCAUGGGUGCAGUGUGAAACUGACUCGUCUUUGGACCCGCCAGAGCUAUUUUCAGUUUCCAACUCAGGAAGGAUGGCCGCUUGGCCAGCCCAGAAAGAAGUAAAGAUCGGGACAAAGACCGUGCAGGCCGACGCCACGAAAGCCGAUCUCGCUCCCGGAAAAAGAAAUCUCGAUCCAAGUCUCGGAAGGCUUCUCGCUCCAGGUCGCGAUCAAAAUCUUGAGGGAGCAGGCUGGCAUCGUCUCAGACCCCGCCUUCAGCCGCUGAAGGGGCCAACGUGCCAGUCGAAGAGCAACGUGCCAGAGUUGCGAAGAACCAAAAA